AUGAGCGAGGAGGUGUCAGAGGUCCCCAAAGAGCUGCUGGACAAGACGGAGAACAGAGUGUUGGCUCUCGCGACUCACCGAGUCUACCUCCUGACAGCACGCAUCCCCGCCAAGGUGGAACACUCCCUUAAUUACCUGGAGAUCCAGGGGAUUGCUUGUAACAAGCCGACACAGCUGCUGAUAGAGUACGAGCGCGGCUCCUUCUCCCUGAAGCUGCUCUCGACAGAGGAGGUCAAUGAGGUGGUGGCCCACAUAGGAAACUGCCUCGUGAGGAUAUGUCCAGGUUUACCACCCAGCAAAGUGAUGAAGAAGCUUUGUAUGGAGCCUCCAGACCGGCUGACCUCUCUGCAGACUCUGUGGGAGGACAACAAGCCUGCAGAGCCUGGACCCUGUGGUGGGUUUUCUCAGAUGUACAGAUGUGUGUGUGACUGGUUGGGGCUGCCCUACAAGGAGGAGGUGCAGUGGGAUGUGGACACCAUCUAUUUAACACAAGACACCAGAGAACUCAACCUGCAGGACUUCAGCCAUUUGGAGAACAGGGAUCUGGUGGCAAUAAUAGCCGUGCUGGAGUUUAACCAGUGGUUCACCAAACUCUCCACCAAGGACUACAAACUGUCUGCAGAUGUGUGUGAGCAGAUCUUCAGGGUGGUGUCUCGAUCCAGUCGACUGGAAGAGUUGGUUCUGGACAACGCAGGACUCAAAACUGACUUCGCCCAGAAGCUCGCUGCUGCUCUGGCUCACAACCCCAGCUCAGGACUCACCACCAUUAAUCUUGCCAACAACCCACUGGAGGACAGAGGUAUCUCCUCCCUCGGAGCUCAGUUUGCCAAACUUCGUACGGGGCUCAAGCAUUUAAACUUCUCCAAAACCUCACUCUCAGCCAAAGGGGUGAACAGCCUUUGCCAGUCACUGAGUGCCAACCCGUCCAUCUCCAGCAGCCUGGUCCAUCUGGACCUCUCAGGGAACAUCCUCCGAGGGGACGACAUGCAGCUUUUCUGCCACUUCCUUGCUCAACCCAACAGCCUGGUGACCCUUGACCUCUCCAACACUGACUGCUCAUUGGACCAGGUUUGCUCUGCUCUGCUGCGAGGCUCAGUCCAACACCUCUCUGUUCUCAACGUGUCGAAGAGCGUCUUCCCUCACCGGAAAGGCAAAGAGGUGCCUCCAUCGUUCAAGCACUUCUUCAGCAGCGCCCUGACGCUGAGCUCCAUCAACGUGUCAGGAACCAAGCUGCCACCAGAGGCCCUCAAAGCUUUCCUGCUUGGUCUGGCCAGUAACCCCAGUCUGAAGGACGUGUCUGUAGACCUCAGCUGCUGUGAGCUGCGCUCAGGAGGUUCUCAAAUCCUCGAGAGUUGUAUAGCAGAGAUCCCAAACAUCUCCAGCCUGGAUAUCUCUGACAACGGCCUGGACUCAGAUCUGUCCACUCUGCUGGUGUGGUUGGCCAAGAACCGCUCCAUCAAACACCUCUCUCUGGGCAAGAACUUCAACAACAUCAAGUCAAAAAACCUCGGCCCGAUCCUGGACAGCCUGGUGCACAUGAUUCAAGAGGAGGAGUCGCCCCUCACCUCCCUGUCUUUAGCAGACUCCAGACUAAAGAGCGAUCUGACCAUCGUCCUCAACGCCCUCGGCAGCAACUCCUCGCUCACCAGACUGGACAUCAGUGGCAACGCCAUGGGGGACAUGGGAGCCAAGAUGCUGGCCAAGGCUCUGCAGAUCAACUCCAAACUCAGGACAGUGAUCUGGGAUAGGAACAACACCAGCCCGCAAGGUCUUCAGGAUGUAGCAGCUGCUCUGGAGAAAAACUUCACCAUCCGUUUCAUGCCCAUCCCCAUCAUCGAUGCCUCUCAGGCUCUGAAGACCAGUCCAGACAAAACAGAGGACGCUUUGCUAAAGAUUGAGAAUUAUAUCUACAGGAACCACGAGACCAGAAAAUACCUACAGGAACAGGCCUAUCGGCUUCAGCAGGGCAUUGUCACCACAACUACACAACAGAUGAUUGACAGGAUUUGCGUGAAGGUGCAGGACCACCUGAACUCUCUGAGGAACUCGGAGACGGACGCCAUCUUGGAGGACGUCCGGUCAGCAGAGAACCUCAUCAAAGACGCCAGAAACUCUAAAACGCUGCUUCCUCACCUCUACCACCUCGGAUCAGCAUCCAGAGACGAGGUGAACAGCUCCUCAGUGGGACCCAUCCAGGAGAAACUGGAGUCUAUGGCCGGGGAGGUGACAACAGUCAUGGACCAACAGCUCCAGGCUCUGCUGGAGUCCAUGGUGGACACUGCAGAGUCCCUGUGUCCGCAUGUGAUGAAGAGUAGUAAUCUUCGUCCAGAGUUGGUGAAGACCAGUUCAGCCAAGAUGGUCGUGCCGAAGAGCUUUGUCACCAAAACGCUGCUGGAGCAGUCGGGGGUGGAUAUUACCAACAAGCUCAGUGAGGUGAAGCUGAGUCUAGCAUCCUUCCUGUCCGAUCGCAUCGUUGAUGAGAUAUUAGAGGCUCUUUCCACUUCACAACACACUCUGGCUGACCAUUUGGUACGCAGAGGUCGCCCUCUGGUGCAGCAGGGGUCGUUGGAUCUGGACAUCCCCGAAGGGAAGAUCCCUAAGCGGGCAUCGGCUGAAAUAUUAGAGGCAGAGAGGCUGGACGAUCUGGAGACGUGCAUGAUGACUCCUAAAACCAAGAGGAAAAGCAUCCACAGCAGAAUGCUUCGACCAGUGUCUCGUGCCUUUGAGAUGGAGUUUGACCUGGACAAGGCUCUGGAGGACGUUCCCAUCCAUGUGGAUGACACUUCGACAUCAUCUCAGACCCCGCCUACUCCAUCUCAGGUCCUGCCCAAACUGGAGCACCGUCUGCCGGGAAAGAUGGUGGAGCUGCCGUCUGAGGAGGAGAAGAAGCUGCAGCACUUCACCAAACUGAGACCGCGCAGGAACAAAAAAAGACAUUCCAGCAAAGUACCUCAAAUAAACAGCGCUCCACCUCAGGAUGGGGAGCAGAACGGCCUCAUGGGACGAGUGGAUGAGGGUGUAGAUGAGUUCUUCUCGAAAAAAGUCACCAAGAUGGAUUCCAAACGUUCCCUGAAGAAUUCCGAGUCUCAAGAUGGAGAGAAAAAGAAGAAAGGAGGAUUCCUCAACCUCAUCAAACGAUCCACCAAAUCGGACAAAGCAGAUAAAUCAGAGAAAAACCAGACGACUCCUUCAUCCUCUGCUACGUCCUCAGCACCAGCCUCCACCAUCCCUGAGGAGCCCUCCUCACCAAAGGUGGCAGUGAAGAGCCCAGCACCUGAGUCAAAGUCAAGAGAUGCCUCCAGUCGCUCGCAGCCCACAGACUACAGCAGCAGCUCAGACCGAUCAGACGAGCUGAGGACGCCUGAUUCCAUGGACGAGCCGUGGGAGGGUUCAGACGGCAGGGGCAGUCCUCAGGGAGGGAGGCGGUACCCGGGGAUGCAGAUUAUGGGCGGCGGCCUCCUGGCAGAGAUGAAGGCUAAGCAGGAGAGGAGAGCACACAAGUCUUCCAGCCCUGAUAGACCUGAGAGUAAUGCAACAACAGCCAAAUCUCAGCCCCCUAACCCAGAGAGCAGCAAGCCUCCCGCUGGUGUCCCUAAACCAGACACUGGCUCCCCAGAGAAGAACCCACUGCGUUGUGAGACCAAGCCUGAAACAGUUCCUCGUCUCAGAGCCACAUCCUCCUCGAGUCCCCCGGGGGCUCAAGUAAGUCCCAAGCCACCGAUGCCACAGGGGGCGAAGCCUGCCCUGGCUGCAAGACCCAGCAUCCUGCAGAAGCCCAGGACCAACAGUAGCAGCAGGAGCAUAGAUGAGAGUCCAGAUUCCCCCAGCAGCGGCAGUGUGUCUCCUAAAGCAGCCAUUCUCCCCACACUGAAGAGGGCGGUGUCAGAGAAAGACAAGGAGGGUCAGACCAGUCUACAGUCAGGAGGCUCCAACAAAACCACUCAGGAAGUGAGGACAGCGUCAGACUCUGUACAGCGGUCCAACCCUGUCCGGACCAACUCCGAGGAUCACGGCCCCUUGAAGACCAAGGACCAAACUCCAAACCCGGACAAGGACAAAGCAACAGGCAGGAAGUCAUCCGAUUCUAGGGAGGAGGCAGAUAAAGACUUUAUUUUAAUAUGAGCAAACAACUGUCGACGAGCCUCAGAUAUUCUCCUUAAGAAAUGAAUACUAAGGGGGAUAUGAUGUAUAUGUUUUUAUUUAUGUGAAGAGGUUGUACCUGUUCUUUAGGUCCUGUCUGACCACAAAGUACUUAUCAUGUUUGGUUUGCAGGACGACCUGCUAUAGUAUCAGGUAAUAGACAGUUUCAAAUUCAAUUUAAUUUAAUUUAAUCUACAAAGUGAAUAUUUUGGGGAGUUUGCUUAAUAAUUUGUUCUCAUGUCAUGUCUCCUAGAAAACCAAACUAAAUCUCUUUAGAGCUUCCGUCUCACAAACCCAAAUCAAGUUUUCAGGAUUUGAGGAAAUGGGUCGUGGGAUGAUCCAGUUUAUUCAGCCAGUGAACAACACGUAGGUUUGUAAAGUAAUAAAAAAAGAGAAAAGGCUGAAUUUUUGUGUAAAAAAAGAGACUGUGAAUCUGAGUGUGCGUCUAAUACUCUUCCUUUAACUACUAAUCUAUAGUCUUUAUACUAAUAAGUUGCAGUAGCUUGUCUCCCAGGGACCAAACACAAUAACCACACCACGACCACAGUACUGUACUUGAACUCUCCUUUACAUCAAACCAGACUGGGACCCUCAGUUUAUUUGUAUAGAUUUAUGGAGGAUCUAUUUUCAGUACAAGUAGGCUACCUUCAUUUAUGCAAUUCAUUUUUUUUUUUACAGGAAAAUACAGGUUUCCGCUGAGAACAUCAGCAAACUAAAUAAAUCAGUUAUACACACUUGAUGUAUCUUGGACAGUAAGUAUUGAGGUAUUCAGAGUGGGACUGAAGGGCAAGAAUAGAAUCAUCACGUUCCUUCUCGUGUGUAGGCGAAUCGGAGUGAUCAUAUGAUGUGUUUGUGCUCUGAGAGGACUGUGGUACACUUUAACUUCACUAACGACUAAUCAAUAAGGCUUCAGCACUGUUAACCCUCAGCAAACACUGUGGAUGAAACGCAUUCAUCUUUAUUUUUUACAUUCAGCCGCUGACGUCUAUUUUGAAUGAUGUGCUGACGGUCCAAUGAAAGCAGAGCACUUACUCAGAAAGAGGAAAAACAAAGUGUUCGAUUUUUGAGGCAGAUUUUAAACCUCUUCAGUUUUGUGUAAAAGCAAAACACUGUGGAGACUCUUCUUCAUCCCUCCGCUUUUUCUCGGGAAUCAUUCUUCAGGACUUCAGGGCUCAGCUCGCUUUCACUUCGCACUGUGCAAUAACCAAACACCUCUCCAGACUCGCAGCAUCGUGAUCACAUCACAGCCUCUGUAAACUGUGCCUGAAAGUGAAGGUGUGCUGAGGGUAGCUGGACUGUUCUGUAAUAACAACAACAGGUCUCAGGAUGAUUCCGCGCAUAUGUUUCUCUUAUAAAAGCAAGAAAUGCCCUUUUCCCACUGCUUCACGAUCUGUUUCUCUAAUAGAUCGUGGCAGCUUCAUUUACGACCUAAAGAUAGACUCUGGCAGUUUUUCUAAUGUUGUUAUAUGAAAUUUGGGUCAUAAAACUGGCCUGUCAAAAUUAAACUAUACACAGCCUAAACUACAGUGUUACUGACUGAGUGUUUUGUUGUUUUCUGCCAGGCUGUAGCAGGAGCAGCAGCUCUUAUGCCUGAUCAGUGUGAAAGGGGCACAACUUUUAUUGUACUGUACAAGGGUCAAGUUCAAGUCCGAGGCCAAGGGUCUCACUGGUGCACCUUUUCCUGUGGCGUCUUUCUCUAGGUUUUACCUUUGUUGUCAUUAAUCAUGGCUUAGAAAUAACACGGUUCCUGCUCUAUAUAGUCAGACUGUCAGACUGUACUACCGAUUUUCAGCCUCAGUCCCAAAAUCAAACGGCAUUUUGUGGGUAAGGCGUUCCAGAAAAGUGGAACAGAAAACAAAACGUGACCGUAUUCUGUUGGCAUUUAAGACCUCUUCCAUUUCCUGAUGCACGGCACUUCUAGACACUGGUUUUGCUUUUCUGUGUAGAGUCCCAUAAACAGCUGGUAGCGGUUCCGUCGAGUUUUGUGAAAGACGGAUAUUGACUUCCUGUUCUGUUCAGAAAAAUGUUCAUCCACUGCAUCCAUGUGGAGAAAGUGAAAAUGACGAGUAGCAUUAAGUCUAAACUCUAGAGUGUGAGAGUGUGUGUGUGUGUGUGUGUGUAUGAGAGACUGCAUGACGUGGCUGUGAGUUGUACCGUAUGUACAGUAUAUAUGUGCUUUCCUACAUGUAGGUGUAUGCAUGUGUAUAUAUGUAUGUGUAAUAUAUGCACAUGUAAUAUACUCACUCACUGUGACUUAUUAACACGCCUAUGUUACCACAGCAAACGCUUUAUUGCUCUGGUACUAACUUCACUUCUAGAGGGUUUGUUUGUAACCUAUUUGGAAUUUAAAAAAAAGUUGCAGGUGAUGUCUUUGAACCGUUGUUGUUUUUUCCUGUCACUUGUACAUUGUGUUCAUAAAUGUAGAAAUUAAUUCGUUGUAUGUAUUCAUUUUGUUGUUACAUGUAAUCCAUUCAAUGUUACUUUCAUCAUGGUUUCUCCGGAAAGAAAUAAUGCAAAACGAUGACGACAACUAAUCAUUUUAUCGGUCUUGAUACAUUAGUUUGUCAUGGAUCAGUUUGUUUCACUAAGUUGUUCUGCUGGUGUUAGACAUUUCCUUCAUGCAAAUAUUAAUUCUGAUUAAAGUCAUUUUACGGGAUUUAAAAUCUCUGCAUUGUUUCUCUUUUUGUUGCUUCAGCUGAGUUGAACGUCUGUUGUGCAGAGAGACAAAGUGG